AUAUUUUGUGAAUUAACAAUAGCCUAACAGUCAUUUUCGAAUUCUGGUAACAUUGGCAAUCGGGUCGCAUUUAGAUGUGUAUUUUUAUAGCCCUCCGUUGCAAGAUCGUGGAAACGAUAUGGGGUUCGGCUCCCGUGAAUCUUGGCCAAUUCCUGCAAAUAUUGCCACCGGCGCAGUGUAUUUACAUCCUUAACGUUUUCGGCAUGUAGGAUGGUAUGAGGGAACGACCUGGCAAGCCAAUGGGAAGAUAUGCAUAUUUUAACACACGCUUGUCGAGAUGGAGACAUCAAUGAGAUGACCUGGGAACUCAAAAUCAGACCAAAUUCAUUAGACGACUAAGGACCUUAUUCCAACUGUGUGCAGCAACACUUCAUUCAAACGCUACUUCACUGAGAAGGGCAAUCUCAUUGCUGAGCCAAUGUAGAACCUGCACCUUCAGGAUUGCAUGACUUCUUUCCUUGCCUGGAUUUCAGCACACAGUCAGAUCUACCAGGACAGAGUAUGCCAUCUGCAUCUUUCCACAGAAUUCUACGACCAUUUCUACUUGGCACCUUUCUACUGGGCUGUUUUGUGACUCUGGUUUUGAUGUACUUCAAACCGUCAACUAGCUGGCUAUCAGGUCCUGUAGAGUCAACCGCAUCCACUAUCCAAGUUAAAAAUCUCUUCUCUACCAAGGGUGACAAAAACCUUACCACUGUACUUGUCUGGCUCUGGCCCUUUGGACAGACCUAUGACCUGGGUGUCUGCAGCUCUCUGUUCAACAUCGAGGGCUGUUUCAUCACAGCAGAUCGGAACCUAUAUAAUAAGUCAGAUGGGGUCGUCAUACAUCACAGGGAUAUCUGUACUGAUCUCUCCAACCUGCCCCCCCUUCAGCGUCCCUCCUUCCAAAAGUGGAUAUGGAUGAACCUAGAGUCACCAUCCCACUCCUCUCAGCUGCCCGGUAUUGAAAACUUGUUCAAUUUAACUUUGAACUAUCGUCAGGAUGCUGAUAUCGAAGUGCCUUAUGGGUCGAUUGUGGCGGCCCAAGGGGACGAGGAUUUCGUGCCACCGAGAAAAAGCAAGUUGAUCUGCUGGAUUGUCAGCAACUGGAACCAGGAUCACAUGCGAGUGAAGUACUACAAUGAGCUCUAUAAACAUAUUGAGGUUCACGCUUAUGGACAAGCCUUUGGAGAGUACAUUGCAGAUCAAGAAUACUUUCCUACCAUCGCCAGUUGUAAAUUCUACUUGGCGUUUGAGAACUCAAUUCACAAAGACUACAUCACAGAGAAACUGUAUAACCCACUCUCUGUAGGGACGGUGCCUGUGGUUUUAGGUCCACCAAGACAGAACUACGAGAACUUUGUCCAGGGGGAAGCCUUUAUCCAUGUGGAUGACUUCACCUCACCCAAAGAGCUGGCUGAUUAUCUCCUGCUCUUGGACAGGAAUGAGGAGAUGUAUCUCAGAUACUUUGAAUGGCGACGGCACUUUAAAGUGAAAAAGGCAUACUUCUGGGCCGAACACACAUGCCUCGCUUGUGAUAAUCUCAAAAGGCACAAGGAGUACAAGGCAUUCAAUAACCUUGAUAAAUGGUUUUGGGGUGGAAUCCCUUGAAGGGCCAUGAAAUUGUUGUUUUGCAGUUGGAAGCAUUGCUUUAAGAUAUAUUCAGUCAUGAUGUAUUUGACAUUGUCAUUGACAAUGUUCCAACAUGUUUUUCUCACUGGUUAUAGGGGCCCAAAUAAGCCAUUCUCUUUUUUAUUUUGAUGCCAGACAGAUUUGGUCAGCCUUAAUUUGUCUCUUGCAUUUCAAUUCAAUCAUGAUUUAUGUUGUCAUUUGCAAUGCAUUUAAUAUUUAUUUCAUAAAAUCUCACUUUUAUACAUGACCAAAAGUAUGUGGACACCUGCUCGUCGAACAUCUCAUUCCAAAAUCAUGGGCAUUAAUAUGGAGUUGGUCCCCCCUUUUGCUGCUAUAACAGCCUCCACUCUUCUGGGAAGGCUUUCCCAGAAGCCUUCCCAGAAAAGUCACUGAGCUCUUGAGUAAGGACAUUCUACUGUCAAUAUGUGUGUAUGGAGAUUACAUGGCUGUGUACUCUCUUUUAUACACCUGUCAGCAACGAAUAUGGCUGAAAUAGCAGAAUCCGUUCAUUUGAAGGGCUGUCCACAUACUUUUGUGUUUAUAGGUGUUUAAUCUCUGAAUGUCACCGCAUUUGCUGCUAUUUGUUUUCUAUGAUGUACUGUAACUGUUUUGCUAUGUGGGAAUCGGGCUGGCAUGACAUUUUCAUAUGGCAGUAUACAAUACAUUUUUGAAAUUGAAGAAAUAGUUGUCAUUUAAAAUAUGUACUAUUUAUUCAAUUGAGGCAUUUUAUGAUAGACUUUCCUAUGUGUUAGUGAUACAGUCAUCUAUGCAGUGUUUAUUGAACACAUGGACGUAAUUCAAUUGUGUCAUUUACUGUAAAAUGGAAAUGUGUAUUGUUUGAAGGUAGCAUUUGCACUGCAAAACACACUGACACUCAUCGUUGAUCAUGUAUGUACAGUAAUACAGUGCAGAAAGAAGGAAAGGAAGAUACAUAAAACAAAUAGAUAACUAUUAUGUUAAUAGUGGUUUCUUAGUGAGCAUUAUCACAUUAAAUGCAUUGCAGUUCUAUCAUAUGCUCCAUGAAUAUUUGACUUACAAUGCGAACAUUAUCCAAUUUCAUUUCGAAUGUUUUUGCUCUCAAAUAUUUACACCUAUUGUGGUACAAUGAUGAGAGCACACAUUUGACAUGAAUAAUGAAUCAUAUGCUUAUCUGUGUGGGCUUGUCUAUUGCCAUCUAGCCACAUUGUCUUAAAUAUUCACUUGUAUAUUUUUAACCUUUGAGCAAAUUUCAGUGCAUGAAAAAUAGGAUAACUAUUCAAGCUUGGAUCUGCCCACACAUCUGUGGUUUCAUUGUGAAAGAUUGAAAAUGCUAUUAACUUUCUUAGAUUUUUUUUAUUUAUUUUUUUAUACCAAAGAUUACCUCCAACCUUGAACUUAAACACCACAUAAGGACCUGAGGUGGUAUGUACAUUAUGUACACUACCGUUCAAAAGUUUGGAGUCACGUCGAAAUGUCCUUGUUUUUUAAAGAAAAUAAAAUAUUUGUCCAUUAAAAUAACAUCAACUUGAUCAGAAAUGCAGUGUAUUGAGUGCAGUGUAUUCUUUCAAAAACAAGGACAUUUUGAAGUGACCCCAAACUUUUGAACGACAGUGUAUAUCAUAAUAGCUGUCAUUAUGUCAUGUUUGACUAUAUUAUGAUGCUGGUAUGAUGUAUAGUUCAAAUACAGUGUACCACUUUCGUUGAAGGUUGAAUACACAAACCAUUCAGCAUACAUAAACGAUUCAUAAAAUGUGGCACCCUAAUGACCCUAAUGACCUUCAGAGUGCAUUCAUAUAGUCAUUAUUGAAUAGUAUGUCACAUGACAGGAUAAAUGUGAAAAUAAAAGUCACAUGAACAAAUACAUUUUUGUCAGAACACAUAUUUUUCUUCCCUCUAGAGCGUUAUUAUGUAUCACUACAAAGUAAUCAUGAAUGUUGCCAUUGUUAUACUUUGCUUACUUUGAAUUUAAUUUCCAAAUAUCCAUAGCCAGCAUAAAGCAUAUUCUUGAAAUGGUCUGAAAUAAUAUCCUACCUCUGAUGUUUUUACCAAAAACAGAACACUGUCACCGGCAAUUGUUAAAAGCAAUUUAGCCAUUUCCUUUUGCUUUCCAAAUGUAAAAAACACAAGGUUUACUUACCAUAUACUAUUUCGUAAUGUAAAUGAUAGUGAUCAACCAAAACAAAAUGUUUAUAUUUGUCAUGAAACAAUAAUUAACUGUGGACUAAUGUCACUAAUGACAUGCAGUUGAUCCUCAAAUAUAUGAACCUCAGAGUUAGACUGACCGGUCAACCGAAUGGGGAAAUAUAACUUCUGUUGCUUACAUGCUCUAGAAAUACACCAGAUGUUUACCGUAUCUGGCUAUAUGUUUUGCAAACACAUGUAAAAAUACAAUCAACAAAAGUAAUAAUAAAAGGUUUGAGAAGUUGAAUUUAAAAGUUAAGGACAUUUCAGUGUUCCGAACUACCACCAUUCCCAAUGUUUUCGCAUUUGAGUUCUUUCUGUGGAUGCUUUACGAAUGCACUAUGGAAGGUCUUUUAUAAAUGUGACUUAUACCUUAAUGGAUGUGUUAUGAAUGUUUCUUAUGCUGUUAUGAAUGCUUUAUGUAGGAGUAAUGGAUGUCACUGUGCUUGCUAAGCCGUGCCACUUCCUCCAGCUCACGCCGAGAAAAUAACCUCUGCCUCCAACAACACACGACAACCCUCUUGAAACACCUUGAGCGAGCUGUGCUACCAAAAGGCUACAUCACCAAUGCAGUGCUGCGGGUGGUGCUUUCAAGCCAAGUUCGGGCUUGAUUCAAUCCAUUACGCAGAAGAUCCACAGUAUGGCGCAAUUCAAGUGUAAAGGUAAUUUCUGUUUGAGCCGAACAUACGCAGCGUUUUACCAUGAAUGCAGUGUCCGCAAACACAGGGACAUUGCCUUUAAAUAUCAAUUCGCGCCAUCUUCCACAAUUCAAUCAAGUUAUACAUGCAACCUUCAAAGAUAUUGUCACCUAAAGGGUUACCAUUGAAUCUUAGAGCAAACGGUGUAAACAACUUUCAGGCUGCUUUCAUUUUGUGUGGGACCAUUUGUAUAAAGAGGGUAAAUACGUAUUUUUCUUAUAGACUAUGUAGGGGGAAAAAAACAAUCAUAGCCUCUACAUGUCGAAACGUCACCUUGGCCGACAUUCGUAAUGGUGUGUUCCAUCCUUCAAACAAACUAGUCCACUGACACAGAUCAAUGCCUAUAGGUAGACAAGCGGAAUUCUGUAACUUUCAUUUUAAAAACACCCCACAGCUCUACCAUUAAUUAAAAAGUGUAGAGAGAUUUAAGAAGGCCGUUCAACAAAUGGCUUUUUGUUCCACUGUUCCGGUCUGUGAUUGGUUUAUACUGCUGUGACAUAGGCUAGUUCCAAAGGCUGAAGCAGAGCUGCGCCAGCGGUGCAUUAUAGCCUGCCGCCAGUCAAGUGUGAGCUGCACAGCAAAGUCAAUCAAAGCAGCAAAGUCAAUCUAGCUGAUAUUGUAG